UUCUCUGGCCCUUACCUCACUCUUUCAUCCUCCAUUGGAAAUGGGGUAAAAUACAUCUUAAAGUUCUUUUCAACAAAGCUUGACGCCAACUCCCAUACUUCCAAGCAGUUGGUGGACUAUCUCAUAAGCCUCAACUACCAUGGAGAUAACCUGAUGAUAAAUGAAACAUUGGACACACCAUCAAACCUCCAAGCAACAUGGAUAGUAGCUGAAUGUUUCCUUUCAACACUUCCACAAGACACACCAUGCCAGGAUUUCCACCAAAGGCUGGGAGGGUGGGAAUUCGAGAAGGGGUGGGGAGACGUGACUGGAAGAGUUAAGGGCACGAUGGUGAUGCUCUCCGAGUCGCUUCAAGUAGUCAUGAUCUGA